AUGAACACCGUGAAGAGGCCCUCGGUUCAGGAGGAACUCCAGAGGAAUCCCGAACUGAAGGAAGUCGAUCUGCAGCAUCUGCGAGACUGGUAUACCAAGCAGCCGCAUUACCCGCGCAAUUUUCCCGACGAGGAUUUCGUCUAUUUUCUCCACGUCAGUGACUACGAGCUCGAGCAGGCGAAAGUGACCAUCGAGAAUUUCCUCACCUGCAGGACCCACACCCCGGAGUUUUUCAGCAACAGAGAUCCCGUUGGCUGCAAGGAGCUCCGAACGGCUAUGGGUACUGUGUGCAUAUUACCUCUCGAGCAGAGGACACCCGAGGGCUACGGCGUGUUGUACACGCGACUGAUAAACUACGAUGUGGACCGAUUUUCGUACUACGAUAAUAUGCGUCUCAUGAAUAUGAUAGCCGAAUUGUGGGUCUUGCAGCAAGGGACGAUGAAAGGCCAAGUCAUGAUAUGUGAUAUUCAAGGUGUGAAGAUGUCGCAUGCACUGCGGACUCCACUCAGUGGUGUGAAGAAGUCCCUCCACUAUCUGCAGGAAGCUGCUCCGAUCAGACUCAAGGCUCUGCAUUAUUUGAAUACCUCCUCGGUUAUGGAUUUCAUGCUGACACUUAUGAAGCCUUUCAUAAAGAAGGAGCUUAUGGAUAUGUUCCAUCUUCACCACUCGGUGGAGAGUCUGAAGAAGCACAUGCCCAUCGAGAUUCUACCAAACGAGGCGGGGGGUAAUGCUGGACCGAUCGACGAACUUUACGGAAAAGUCUUGAAAAAUCUCGAGGACCACCGCGAGUACUUCUUGGCCGAGGAGAGGGAGAUGCGAGUAAACGAGUCGCUACGCCCUGGCAAAGGCAAGGCCGCCAAAAAGGUUGCUGAAUUUCAAAGUAGCUUUGAGAAGCUCGACAUCGACUGA